AUGAACGAUGUUACUAUACGUUGGUACGAGAACCAAAGUGUCUUGUUAGAAGGCGGCAGGUUAAAAGUAUAUAAAGAGUUUCUGCAAAGAAUAGCAGCCAUAGAACCGAACAGUGAAUGCAACUUGGGCGUAGACGACUUGGAUUCAACGCCUCGGCAAAAUGCUUCGCUAAAGAAUAUUAAUGACUUCAUG